AUGUCUGUGGUAGAAUUCUCUCAAUUAUUAGAAAACUCUAUUUUAAAUCCUGAUCAAAAUAUAAGAAUUCAAAGUGAGACUCAAUUAAAAAAAUUAUCAAAUGAUGAUUUUUUAACUUUUGCUCAAUUAUCCUCACAAAUUUUAAUAGAUGAAGACACAAAUAUUAAAGUAGAAUCAAAAAUUUUAUCAGCAUUAAAUUUUAAGAACGAAUUGUCUUCAAAAGAUUCAAUUAAAAAUCAACAAUUCAAGCAACGUUGGCUAACCAUUAUCGAUUCAAAUACAAGAUCACAAAUCAAAUCAGUCAUAAUAAACUCACUAUUCACAAAUGAAUCCCGUGUCUCUUCAGCAAUAGCCCAACUAAUAGCUGCUAUAGCGGAUAUCGAACUACCUGUAGGUGAAUGGCCAGACUUGUUGAAAAUUAUGGUGGAAAACACAAACCCUAAUAAACCUGAAAACGUCAAAAGAGCCUUCCUAUUGACUUUGGGUUAUAUUUGCGAAUCAGCAGAUCCAAAUAGUUCUGUAUUAGUUUCAAACUCAAAUGAUAUUUUAAUCUCUAUUGCUCAAGGUGCUCAAGCUUCAGAACCUUCAAAAAUCGUUAGAUUAACCGCUUUGAAUGCUUUGGCAGAUUCUUUAACUUUUAUCAAAAACAAUAUGGAUAGAGAAGGUGAGAGAAAUUAUUUGAUGCAGGUUGUUUGUGAAGCCACCCAAAGUGAUGACACUGACAUCCAAGCUGCUGCUUUCGGUUGUUUAUGUAAAAUAAUGUCUCAGUACUAUGCUUACAUGAAACAUUAUAUGGAACAGGCUCUAUACGCUUUAACCUUAUCAACAAUGAAAUCGACCAAUGAUAAAGUCGCUUCAAUGGCUGUAGAAUUCUGGUCCACAAUUUGUGAAGAAGAAAUUGAUAUUGCUUAUGAAUUAUCUCAAUUCCCUGAAUCUCCUUUCCAAAGCUUUAACUUUGCUUUGACCUCUUUGAAGGAAGUGGUUCCAAACUUGUUGUUAUUAUUAACCAGACAAAACGAAGACCCAGAUGAUGACGAUUGGAAUGUUUCAAUGUCAGCUGGUGCCUGUUUACAAUUGUUUGCUCAAAACUGUGGAAAUUACGUCUUAGAACCUGUUCUAGAAUUUGUCGAACAAAACAUAACAAAUAAUGAUUGGAGAUACCGUGAAGCAGCUGUGAUGGCUUUUGGUUCCAUUUUAGAUGGUCCUGACAGAGAACAAAGAAUCUAUUACGUUCAUCAAGCUUUACCUGCUAUUUUGACUUUAACUAGUGAUAAGGCAUUACCUGUUAAGGAAACUGCCGCAUGGUGUAUUGGUAGAAUUGCUGACUUAGUAAUUGAAUCAAUUGAUUCUCAAGCUCAUUUACCAGGUGUCAUUGAAGCAUGUUUAGUCGGUUUAAGCGACCAUUCUAAAGUUGCAGCAAAUUGUUCAUGGACUAUUAUUAAUCUUGUUGAGCAAUUGGCAGACCUACAACCAUCUCCAAUUUACAAUUACUACCAAGUAUUAGUUUAUGCUUUAAUUAAUGCUGCAAACGCAACUGACAAUGAAAAUAACGCCCGUACUUCUGCAUUCUCAGCUUUAGCCACUAUGGUAGAAUAUGCUACUGAUUCUGUAGCAGAAGUUUCUGCUUCUAUCUCAACUUUUAUUAUGGAUAAAUUAGGACAAACAAUGAAUGUAAAUGAAGAGCAAUUAAGUUUGGAAGAUAAACAAAGUUUACAAGAACUUCAAUCAAGCAUCUUAACUGUAUUGGCUGCUGUAAUUAGAAAAAGUCCAUCAAGUGUUGAAUCAGUAUCAGAUAUGCUAAUGGAUCUAUUCUUAAAAUUGUUAGACAAGAAAGAUUCUUCGUAUAUCGAUGAUGAUGUAUUUUAUGCAAUUUCUGCGUUGGCAUCUUCAUUAGGUAAGAAUUUCGAAAAGUAUUUGGAAACUUUCUCACCAUAUCUAGUCAAUGCGUUAAACCAAGUCGAUUCACAAGUAUCAAUCACUGCAGUUGGAUUUAUUUCUGAUAUUUCCAAUUCACUAGAAGAAGAUUUCAAAAAAUAUGCCUCCGCAUUUAUGAAUGUAUUGGGGCAAAUGAUUUCUUCCACAAAUGCUAGAAAGGACUUACAACCUGCAGUCUUAAGUGUGUUUGGUGAUAUUGCAGCUAAUAUCGGUACUGAUUUUGUUCCAUAUUUGAAUGAGGUUAUGACUCUAUGUGUAACAGCACAAAACAGCGAACCAGAAAACGGUACUUUAGAAGCUUUAGAUUAUCAUAUGAAGAUUUUAGAGUCUGUUUUAGAUGCCUACGUGGGUAUUGUUGCUGGCCUACAUAGCGACCAACAAUCUCUGUACCCAUUUGUUGGUACAAUCUUCCAAUUCUUGGCUAAGGUAGCUGAAGAACCGCAAUUAGCAGGUCAUGACUCUACAGCCAGAUCUGCUGUUGGUUUAAUUGGUGACAUCUCAUCCAUGUAUCCAGAUGGUUCUAUCAAGCAAUUCUUUACUCAAGAUUGGGUUACUGAGUUCGUUAAAAAGACUAGAACAAAUAAAACAUUUAGUCAAUCGACUAAAGAUACCGCAAGAUGGGCAAGAGAACAACAAAAACUUCAAUUAUCCUAUUGA